AGCCGCUUUCCAGUCCAGUCCAGUAAGCGCGCGCCGAGUAGAUAGCGAUAGUUUAAGGCCGCCCGACCGGCGCACUAGCGACGACAACGUACGCUCAGCUGUUGGCUUAACUUUAACUCAGUACAGGGAAAACCGUCGCGCGAGCCUCCUCAGUGUGUUACACACACUGUAAUCACCACCGCGGUUAUCGCUUAUCUUAUCACCAGCGAGGACUUACACGCACACUCACCGCACGGCGUCAGCCUGCUUGCUUUCUUUCCGUACGUAUUUGUGUGCAGGACAGCGCUGAUCCGUCUCAGUCAUCUUCUGCGAUUUACUCGACGACAUUCUGGCUACCGAAAUUAGGUAUCGCAUUGGUAUGCACCGCAUAUUGAUCGAUUCAAUUGUGCAUACCAGCUCGGAUCACUUCGAAUAGUGCCAAGAGAAAGAAAAGCGUUUAAAACUUACAAAAUUGUUAAGUCAACAUGGCGCAUAACAACAAACAAGUACACCGUGACCUCAAGCAAGGACAUCUGGGACGCUUGCUGGUCGCCACUGUGGGUUUACCUGGCCGAGGCAAGAGUUUACUCGCACGACGCAUUUGCAGAUAUCUAAACUACACCCGAAACAAUUGUAAAGUUUUCGAUAUCAGUGAGUAUCGGCGUAAACAUUACGACCACUACGAUUCGCACGAAAUGUUCAAAGAGGACAAUCGCCCCGCUUGGGAAGUGCGUCAGUUGAGUUUCCAGGAAGCCUUGAACGACGCCGUUGACUGGCUGUUGGAGGACGACCGGUGUGCGAAUUCUGCAAUUGACUUGAAUUGUAUUCAAGUGGCGAUUCUUGAUGGGCCCAACGUAUGUCGGCGUCAACGUCAGAUUAUUCUUGAUCAAACACACGCGGCUGGUGUACAAUUACUCUUCAUUGAAUGUGUCUGUGAAGAUUCACUAUUAUUAGAGAUGCAUUUUAAGUCUAUUCUUGCACAUUCGGUGGAUUACCGCCAUAUGCCUAUCGAAAUGGCGCUGGAGGACCUUCGGGCAAAGAUGGAUCACUAUGAAGAGCAGUAUGAGACACCUUCGAUUGGUCAACGCGCGGAAAACGCUUGUUCUACUGUUAAACUCCUUGAUGAUGGUUAUGGCGGAGUAUUAGCGCAUGGUGUCACUGGCGUACAGUGUCUUAUUUUAGGAUACAUUGCUACUCCCAAACCUUUACAGCAAACUCUUUAUUUCAGUCGACACGGGGAAAGCGAAUUCAACGUUUUGGGACGAAUUGGUGGUGAUGCAGGUCUGUCCCCACGUGGUGCAAAAUACGCCGAGGUGUUAUCCAACCACCUGAAAGCCCUAAACCUUCAAAAUCUACAAAUCUGGACUUCGACACUAAAACGCACGAAAGCCACAGUCGCGCAUAUGAACGUCCCAAAGAAACACUUCCAUGCUUUGGACGAACUCUACUCCGGUCAAUGCGAGGCCUGCUCUUAUGAAGAGCUGCUAGAGUUACAUCCGAAAGAAUUAGCUAUGCGUGACGCUGAUAAACUACAAUAUCGCUACCCACAGGGUGAAUCCUACGUGGAUGUCAUGACACGUCUCAUGCCAGUCUUGCAACAGUUAGAAACCGAGAAUAAUGUGUUGGUGGUCGGUCAUCAAGCAGUAUUGCGUUGUGUCCUGGCGUAUUUCCUCGGCACACCAGCGGAGGACAUUCCCUACAUGAAAGUCCCGCUGCACACGUUAAUUAAAUUAACAUUACGUGGGUAUGAGUAUACAAUGGAGACGGUGAAGAUGCCUGUGGAUUGUGUGGAUACUAACAGGUGUAAACCGAUGAAUUGUGAUGUUACGAGGAGUAAGGACGAAGUCCUGAAAACAAUCCCGCAACAUUUCGACUCGUUGGUGCAAUUGUAAAAGAUUGCUUGGUUUGAUUCCCAUUUGGUAACUUCUAUUGAAGCAAAAUUGACGGAUUUUAUAAGCAGAACGUAUUUUUAUAUGAAAUCUAUCUGUAGUUAUGUAUUGUUAUACAUGUAAAUAGUUCUAAACGCUCGUUAUACUUAUUUAUACAACUAUUUAUAGAACUGAGUAAAUUCUCUUCUGCAGAUAA